AUGCAUUUGAAUCAAUUGAUUGUUUCGGCAUCUUUCCUCGCCGCGACCGCACUUGCAGCUCCCUUGGAUGCUCGCGGUAGUUCCACCUCACCAGCCAACGCAAAAGUUACCCUAGCAGUAGCAUUUACCUCUGGCGCCGGCAACAAAGAGCCUAACUCUACCAUCAGCAUCGGUGUUGGUAAAGGCGCAGAUACCUACAAGUGCUACUCUGGUGGCUGGCAAUCUUUCCCAUCAUCUUCUGAAUGGGUGUCAUUUGAUGCCAUGUGGAACAGUUCCACUACAUAUCUCAAAGAAUCAUGUGCCAAUACUGGUGCCUUUGGCUCUGGUGAUAGCGCGGCACAGAUCGAUAACAUGUAUAACUCAAUCUUGUCGGUCGCUAGUGCUAGUCUGGUGGACCCAAGAUUUAUCUACGCCACGAUCUUGCAAGAGAGCAGUGGAUGUGUCAACAUCGAUACUAGCCAAAACCCAGAUCCAAGUCAACCUGACAACCCCGGACUCAUGCAAUCUGUCGCCGGUGUAAAAUUUGUCGGUAACUCCGCAUCUUCUUCCGCCCAAGCUGCAUCGAUCCGCCAAAUGAUCGUUGAUGGUACUCAAGGCACAGCUAAAGGCGACGGACUUGUUCAAUGUAUCAAUCAGUAUGGAAACAUUUACGAGGCAGCUAGAUGCUAUAAUUCUGGAGAGGUCAACGAGAGCAAUCUGAACGAUGCGGAGGGAGCUACACCAAGUUAUGUUACCGAUAUUGCGAACAGAAUGACUGGGUGGUUGGAUGCGCCACAGAAGUUUAGUUCUUGCAAGAAAUAG